CAGUAGACCUUCUGAAUGCGUCAAAAAAUGUUUGACGAGCGUGGCAUUUUUGGCUCCUUUUUCUUAAGCCAUUUUACUUAAUUAAUUCACAAUGAAUCUCAUAUUUGUUUCUGUGAUAGUGUUCCUAGUACCCCCAGCUACUUUACUAGACAUUGAAUUUGAGAAAAGUGUGGUGUGGGGACCAGGUUUGGGAGAAAGUUCACUGCCAGUCAGAUACUUUUUUGUCCAAUUUGUCAACAAUGCUGGCGAGAAUGCUACAGAAUCUCAGGGAAUUGAGUUGGAUAUCCAGCUGGUGGGUAGGCCAAAAAGUCAGAGGAAUGGUGAAAACUGCCGGUAUCAUCUUGAACAAAUUGACUCAGGAGAUGGAAGCAUAGUUGUGCGGUAUCGAAUUUUUCAGGAGUGUAGAGCAGCUUCCUUGCAUAUCAAAUACCAGAAUCUGCAUGUUGGUCAAUCCCCCUAUCGCUUGCCAUCAACAAUAUUCCCAGAAACCUGCUCCUGUCCUCUGGAAUUGGAGGAAUUUCUGAGUGUAUGGAAGUGUCAGGAGAAAUACGAACAAAUUGAGGAGGAUCUCUCAACGUUCUCGAGCAUUAACUACACACACAUCCAGAGGAAGAUGAUAGAAAAGUUUACACAUGACAAUCCAGGAAGUCUGGCAAUUUGUCAGUACGUCGUGAAAUCCGGUGAGAUCUUCAGGAGAUGCUUUGGUAAGCAUGUCGGCUUCAAUAUGUUCAUGGAUGCCACAUUGCUUUCAAUCCUGCGAAAGGUAGAUCUCCCAGACAUUGAGAUCUUUGUCAAUCUGGGAGAUUGGCCAAUGAGCCACAAGGGAGGUAAGAGCAGAACUACAGGACCCUGGCCGAUUUUUUCCUGGUGUGGUAGCACAGAAUCCCAUGACAUUGUCAUGCCAACGUAUGACAUCAUGGAAUCCUCCCUGGAAGCUAUGAGAAGAGUCUCCCUGGACAUUUUGUCCGUGCAGAAGGCCCAGAAGCAAUGGGAUGAAAAAGAUCCCAGAGGAUUCUUCAGAGGAAGAGACGCCAAUCGAGAGCGUUUGAAGCUAGUGGAUUUGUCCAGGAAACAUCCUGAUCUCCUGGAUGCUGGCAUCACAAAUUUCUUUUUCUUCCGCGACGAAGAGCAAAAAUACAGUCCCAAGAGUCCUCGGAUUUCCUUCUUUGACUUCUUCAACUACAAAUACCAAGUCAAUGUGGACGGAACUGUGGCUGCUUAUCGAUUUCCUUACCUUUUGGCUGGCGACAGUGUCGUCUUCAAGCAAGAUUCUCCCUACUACGAGCACUUCUACGGGCAACUCAAGCCCAUGACUCACUACAUUCCCUUCCGAAGAGACCUGUCCAACCUCAUCAGUAGAAUCCAAUGGGCCAAAUCUCAUGAUUCCCAAGUUAGACAAAUAGCAAAGAAUGCCAGAGAAUUUGUCCGGGAAAACCUCCUCCCGAGCCACAUUUUCUGCUACUACGUUCGACUAUUCCAACAAUGGAGUCACCUCACCAGAUCCCAUCCCGUCCAGGUCACUCCAGAAAUGGAGAAAGUCCCUCAACCAGAAGAUUCCAGAGAUUGCAGUUGUGAUAGAAAAAGCCCACGGGAUGAACUAUAAAUGCAGAAAUUUUAUUCUAAUUGCUGUGUUGAAUACAAAAACAAUUUCCCCUUCCACUCUCCUUCAUUCAGAUUCCCUGGACUCUUCCUCGUGGCCAUAGAUGUGAAAAAGUUUAGCCACCUCAUUCCAGUCACUUGUAUCAACAUCCUCAUUAAUCACUUUCCUGGCAAUAUUGAUGCGAUUGAAGAGAUUCCACAAAAGUACACCCACAAUCCGCUUAUCCCGCACAUAAAAAAUCACCCCACGCUUGCAAUCCUCCUUGGGAUCACCCUGACCCUCUACAACACUCGUCGUGCCAUUCUCCUUGUCACCCCGCGCAAAAACUCCCACCGUCUCCAGCGACGAAUCCACCAGGCCAAUUGCCUCAUAGCCCAGAUUCGAUCCCAAAUCCGACCAGAACAUACUCUGAUGCGUGUAGGGCUUCUUUAGGCCCACCAUAUUCUCUCCAGCCAAUCUCCCGGACACCACCGCAUGAUCAUGAUGCUCAACACGGCGACGACCCAGUCGCUGGUCGUAGAAAUUCGCAGCGUCACCAGCCUAAAGAUAGAGGAAAUAGGAGAUUUUAUUGCUUUCUACCUCAAUGGAAAUUUAACAGAGUUGCAAAAAUUAUAGAUAAAAAAUUGUGAUUAAUUUCUUUUACAAACACAAAAAAAUAUUGUCAAAAAAGUGUAACAGAGUUUGAAUAAAAAAAGAUAUUGAAAGAG